AUGGCGACUCCUACUCCUUCCGACACAGUUGCACCCCCGUUUGCCGCUGCCGACAUAACCUGUCCCGGUCCUGUGGUCGGAGUGCGAGAUAGGAGUUGCCAAACUUGCCCCACAGGCAAAUAUCCGUAUAUUAGCAACACUUCCUCUUCCGAACGCCUCCCAAUUUUCAGCCCAAGUACCGUUCCCGUAUCCACGCGGCGUUUGCCGUCGGCUGAAGCUGUCAUGGUGUCACAGCUGAUAGACCCCGCGCCGUUGGACAACCCAUCGCACCGUGCCGCGCUGCCAUCACCGGGACGCUCGCUAGACGGUACCAUGGAAAUCCCCAAUCGCUCCGACGCAGUCGCGCUCCCAGCCAGCGGCCAGCCAAGUCGUCCCGGCCCUGCGUUCGGAUGUCGAGAGGGGCUCUUCCAACAACCAACUCCAGGCGAGUACUCUGAGUCAACAGUUUUUUCUUCUCCUGACAAUCCCUUGGCUUGCAGCCCUCCACGAAACUUGACCAUCUAUUACCAGAACAUUCGCGGCAUGCGAACAAAGACGGAGAAACUGCGCCUUGCCUUGAUGUCCAGUGACUACGACGUAGUGGUUCUCACCGAAACCUGGUUGCACGGCAAUAUUCUGGACUCGGAGUUCUCCGCGAUUUACGUCCGACCACGCACCACUCCCGACGUGUACACCUUGCAUGCUGAAUCCGUUCAGCAAAUUCUCGAAAAAGCAACGGAUCAAGACGUGGUGGUUGUUGUCGGGGACAACAAACUUCCGGAUCUCGUCUGGGUCUUCGAUGAAGACGUCGGUGGCUUUCUCCCCGCGAACGCGUCGUCCGAUGCAGAGGUGGCUCUCACCGAGUCCUUCCUGGCCAACGGGCUGGUACAAAUAAACUUCCUGCUGAACAACCGCUUACUAGACCUCGCCUUUGUGAAUGACGCUGCGGCAUUUGAGCUGUUACAGUCCCUGAACUCACUCUUACCGAUAGACGCCCCGCAUCUUACAUUCGUUCUGAAGCUAGAGAUUUGCGCGCACACACCUGCUUCCGAAUCUAUCGAUCCGGUUGCUGAGGAGUUCGAUUUCAAACGUUGCAACUUUGAAACGCUGAAUUCAAGGCUAGAAGCUGUUUAUUGGAGUACGAUGGACACAGCGGGCUCACUGGACGACGCCGUGACAGAGUUCUACGACCAGCUGCUGAACGUGUUACGCGACACAGUGCCAGUUCGAGCCAGGCGAUUUCGUUGCCCUUCCAGGACGCCGCCGUGGUGGAACUCGCAGCUUCGGAACUUACGCAACCAACUGCGGAAGGCACGUAAGCGGUUCGUGAAUCGAAGCUCGUGGGGAAACAAGGUCACACUCUCGUACCUCGAAACUGAGUUUGCUGAGCAACAGGUUACGAGCUACCAGAAUUAUAUCGCAGGAGUUCAGGACAAUCUCCAGUCUAACCCGAAGAAUUUCUGGUCGUAUGUCAAGGAAAGAAGCAGGUGAGAGAAAUACCAACAGAUGUGUCGUAUUGCGAGGAAAAAUCGACUUCUUCGGAGGCAGCCGCCAACCUAUUUGCACGGUUUUUUGAAACCGUUCACAGCUCGCAAGACCCCACGGUUCCCCCAGAGCAGCUAAACGAACUAGCAACCUACAACAUUAACCUCCCGUUGCUCACAGUCUCGGUUGCGGAAGUCAAGAAGGCCCUUGGCUCGGUUGAUGCAGCAAAAGGCCCUGUACCGAACCGGAUCUGUCGUCAAGAACUGCUGCAGCUCGCUUGCCCGUCCCGUCACAAGCAUUUUCAACCGUUCGCUCUCCGAAGGUGCUUUCCCGUCGGAGUGGAAGGUCGCCUCAAUUACCCCGAUCCACAAAUCGGAGAGUCGCGCCAAAGUUGAGAACUACCGUUCGAUCUCAAUUCUGAGCUGUUUGGCAAAAGUAUUGGC